GGCAUAGGAGAAACGUAGGGCUCGGUCGCGCACGCUCUUGUCGACUAAAACGAGUAGAAAAGAGAGAAAGAGAGGGAAAGAACGAUGAUGAAGGAAGGAAGGGAAGGACGCAGGUAAAGAGAGAGAGAGAGAGAGGACAGAAAGAGUGGGUGGAAAAAAGGAAGAAAAUGAUGUAAGAAAAGAGGAGUGAGAAAGAGAGAGACAGACAGAAUAUUGUGUAGCCCGCCGUCAAUGUGCUCUCAGUUCGAAAAUGUAACACGUGAUCGUGGUACACCUCUCGUUUUAGACUACUCGACAUUGAAUUUUCGCCGACGUUAGUCGUUCCUGCUUCUUUCUCCAACGCGGGUGUUGCGUCCAAAGGGAAAUCCGUUGCGAUGAGGCACACCUCGCGCGAGAUUCGUAGGUAAUUCGUCUUAAAGAGACAAAGAUAGUGAUAAGGGGGUGAAGAAGGGAAAGAGGAGGACGAGGAGAAGACGGAGAAGCAGGAGGAAAGGGAAAAAUGGCGGUGGAUAUUUUAGACGAGGAUCAUCUGGCCGUGAGCGCGAUCGUUACGGUCGGAAUGCAACUGAUAUUCUUCACGAUAGCCGCGACGUUUCAGCUGGACAAAUUGACGGAUUUUGCCGGCGGCACCAACUUCAUCAUUCUCGCCCUUCUCACUUUCUUUCUCGGCCAAGUGGGCAAGACCUACGACAGUCGACAGCUUAUGGUUACCGUAUUUGUUUGUCUAUGGGGUGUACGUCUAUCAGGAUACCUUCUUUAUCGAAUCAUCAAGAUCGGACGAGAUAAGAGAUUCGAAGAUCGUCGAAGCAAUGUUAUUCGUUUCGCAGUUUUUUGGACCUUUCAGGCUGUAUGGGUUUACGUUGUGAGUCUACCGGUAAUUAUAAUAAACUCCCCUCGUCACAAAAUCCCACCAGCGCCAAAAACGAUGACCAAUUUCGACAGUGCUGGUACUGGACUCUUCCUCAUUGGACUCGUGGCAGAGACCUAUGCCGAUUUACAAAAAUUCGCUUUCAAACAGGAUCCCGUUAACAAUGGGAAAUGGUGUAACGACGGAUUAUGGAGACUAUCUAGACAUCCUAAUUAUUUCGGAGAGAUUGUAGUAUGGUGGGGUAUCUUUGUAAUAUCCUUGAACGUGAUUGAAGGAGCCGAAUGGGUUGUUAUCGCCUCUCCGAUCUUUACGACGAUCAUCAUCCUCUUCUUAUCGGGUAUGCCUUUACUGGAAAAGGCAGCGGACGAGAGAUAUCGAGAUAAUGCUGAGUAUCGUUACUACAAACAAUCGACGUCACCAUUGAUACCAAUUCCACCGUCGAUCUACGUCGAAGUACCACGUUUCCUGAAGUUUGUUCUCUGCUGUGAAUAUCCUCUUUACAAUUCGUUAGAUGCAAAGCCACGUUCGGCCGUGACCGAAUCGACGUCCAUCAGCUUGGCAGCAUCCACGUAGCUGUAGCCACACGCCGGGCGUCCUACCUCUGAGUCCGGCGUGCAAUCGACGACUACGGCGACAGCCAGCACAGCCUUUUAAACGACCUUCCUAGUUUACCGUUCUUAUCGAUAAUACGACAGGAACAACAAUACGUGUUCUCUCUGACUCUAUCGAUUCCAAGAAUUUCUCAUUAUUGUCCUUUGAGGACUUGUUACCUUGAAAAAAGAGUACACAUUGGAAAGGACGAUCUAUAACAUUGUUGUCAUGUCUUUAGUUACCUGAUGAAUAUAUAGAAACGGAUAUAUACCGUUCUAUAUAUUUAUGAAUGUGUGUACUUGUGUAUACGAGCACGUAUAUGUGUGUAUGUGUGUAUGUGUGUUACGUUGAGAGGUUUUUUUUUUUCUUUCAAAACAAAUUUCUCAAUAUCAUUUUCACGAUAAAUUCUUUGUAAUUUUCUCAAGGAUGAGUUUUUGUUUUCUCUUUUUCUCUCGUAUGGAGAAAAUGAAAAAGAGAGAGAGAGAGAGAGAGAGAGAGACGAGGACGUUGAACGUUCUAUUAUUUUAGACGUUGGAAUAAAACAAAUAAAUUCUUUAUGGAUUUUUGCUAACCGGCUGGUCCGGACAUUAAUAAUGAAGAUAGUGAUGAUAUAUAUAUAUAUAUAUGUAUGUAUAUAUGUAUAUGUAUGUAUGUAUGUAUAUAUGCAUUCAGGAUCGUGGAUAAAUAUGAAUUAGUAUUACAGAAUAUCGUCUAAUCUUCCGCACAUUCCGUCUAAUCGCUAUUUCGCCCUCUUUCUAAGGUACAAAUUUAAAAUGAUCGAUGAUGAUGUUUAAUGAAUGAAUUAAUUAAUCAAUGUGACUUCGAGUUAACGGUGCCGCCAUACGAUUUUUCGAGGCUUACUAUCUUUGACAUACAAAUCCAUCCGCGAUCAUUGUUAUUUACCCGUUUCGAUGGUUAAAUCUAAAAUUUAAUGAUUAACAAAAAAUAUAAAAAAAGAAAUAAAUAAUUAAUUAAAUAAAAGAGAAAACUAUAUUAAUCGGCGAUAUUAGAAGCUAAUAUAAAAGAAUUAUAACGAAUAACUAUUGCAAGUAGCUUCGCCAUUAAAAAAGAAAAAAGAAAAGAGAAAAAAAACAAAUAAAUAAAACGAUGCAAUUAUCGAGCAGUUUUGAUCGCUUUCAGUCUCGUGAUCGAUUAGAAAUAACAUAUUUUCAUGAUAAUGAGAUACAGCAAAAAAGAAAAAAGAGAAAAAAAAAAGAGACAGAUAAUUAUUAUAUGCGCGUAAUGCGAUAGCCGAAUCGAAGCAAUAUAAUUAAAAAUCGUAGCAAUAGCGGUCGAUUAAAGAAAAACGCCUAUAGGCGUUAUAAUUUUUCUAAAGAAAAAAAAAAAGAAAAAACGAAAGAAAUAUCUCUCUGCCAUUAAUGAGAAUGAAAAAAACAAGUCUAGUUUAUUUAAUUGGAAAAAUUGAAUAAUAGAAAUCGAUGCAAAUAGCAGAUACGCGACGUUUCGAUCGUUACGAAAAAAAAAAAAAUUAUUGUCAAUUAAGUGUUCUAACGUCGAUCAGUAGUUUCAUUAAUAUUCGCCUUGCGUUAAAAGAAAAUUAAAAUAAUAAUAAUUAUCGUAAAAACACGCAUUGCAUAAAACGAUGUCGAACGUGAUUAUUUAACGUAAAACUUUAUAAUGUAAUCGCGCUACCUCGAAUGCGAUGGCCUCGAUUUGGGACCGAAUAUAUUUAUUGUAGAAGAAAGAAGAAAGAAAAAAAAGAAAGAAAAGAAAGAUAUAUUACGUCAAAAAUAUACGCUUGGCAAAUUCGCGCCAUUUUGUCGGGAUUCAACCAUACGCAACAAUGAUAAAUGAAAAUCUAAAACGCUCGUUGUAAACGUGAUAUCGAUAAAAAGAAAAGAGAAUUAAUGUUAGAGAUAUUCGAUGUAUAAAUAAAAUGCGUUAAUAGUUUUUUACCUGCACGUAUGUAGUACGUAUGUACUAUUAUCGAUCGUAUCGCGUGAUCUUUCGAAUAUAAUUGAAAUUAGUUUUAGAAAAAUGCAGUAGUACCUUUAUCGCGCUCUAUCUAUCGAUCAUUGUAUCUAUAUUGAUUAAAAUCUAGCAAUACGAGACAUAUCUUAGUGGCCGAUAGAGAAUAUUGUUGUCAAAAGAGGAUAAAAAAAUAAUAUAUAAAAAAAGAACAAAAAAAAAAUAACAUACAGAAAAUUUGUUCGAUAGUCGUAAUUCCUAGAUAAUCUGUAAUAUAGUUUUAACAAUAAGAAGAGAUCUCUGGCCAAAAUUGUGUGGUAACAAAAUGUAGAAGAAAAAAGAAAAAAAAAUGUAUAUUGAAAGAUCGUUGUUGCUAAAGAGAAUCUAUAAAAUUGUACGAUAAUAAAUCAUUGUUGGAUCCAACGAAAAAAUCAA